CUCCUCCACGGAUAUUGUUGGGGCAAUGCUCUCUGGUAUGGCUCGAGAGGACUGUGCCGCGUUUGGGACCCUCUGAUGGUCAUCGGCUGGUUCCGUCCCCCAGUAGAAUCACACCUGAAGCCUACCGACCUCGAGCUCUACAACGUACGCACCGAUGGCUGGGGCCUUAUCUCUCUCGCUGCCUCGCUGCUGGUCCUCUCCCGUGCCUACUCCCGCGGCGGCGUCAACAGAACCUACUCGAAAGCUUUCAUCGCCGUAUCCAUCUUCCACCACGUCACAACCAUGUUUGGCGCAUGGCAACAUUACAAGCUGGACACCCACUACACCAAGGCCAUGUGGAUCGGUGUAUGGGUCAACGCUUUCUUGACCGGAGUCGGCGGUAUCGUCCUGGGAGGUCUGAACAACGACUCUGUCGCCAGAACAAAGAUCGCAUAG